UUCGGAUUGGAAAAGAGCGGAGGUGUCGAGAUUUUGCGUCGGUUGAAGAAUUCGCCUCUGAUUUUCAGCUGCAAACCGGAACUCGAGCGAAACUGAACAAGUCCUGCUGCGUUGCCGUUUGUGCAAUGCAAAUGCGAUAAAGCGCCGAUCGCUGUGCGUGAGACAGCAAGCAGCAGCAAAGCAAUUCUCCAGAUCCAGAAGACAACACAACACACGAAAUAGCAAAUCAAAAUGGCGCACCAGCAGCAACAACAACUGGCUCCAUCGGUCAACUGUUCACUGGACGAUAUCGAUCUGACGGCCCUCAAGGAUCCAGCUGGCAUCUUUGAACUCAUCGAAGUUGUGGGCAAUGGCACCUACGGCCAGGUCUACAAGGGCCGUCACACGAAGACUGGUCAAUUGGCUGCCAUAAAGGUGAUGGAUGUUACCGAGGACGAGGAGGAGGAGAUCAAGUUAGAGAUAAAUGUGCUAAAGAAAUACUCGAAUCACCGCAACAUUGCCACCUACUAUGGCGCCUUCAUCAAGAAGUCACCGCCUGGUAAGGAUGACCAGCUGUGGCUGGUGAUGGAGUACUGCGGUGCUGGAUCCGUCACAGACUUGGUCAAGUCCACCAAGGGCCAGAGUUUGAAAGAGGAAUGGAUUGCCUACAUUUGCCGCGAAAUCCUGCGUGGCCUGAGUUACCUGCACUCCAACAAGGUCAUCCAUCGUGACAUCAAGGGCCAGAAUGUGCUACUCACGGACAAUGCGGAGGUCAAGCUGGUGGAUUUCGGUGUCUCUGCACAGUUGGAUCGCACGAUAGGCAGGCGCAACACAUUCAUCGGUACUCCCUACUGGAUGGCCCCCGAGGUCAUUGCCUGCGACGAGAAUCCCGAUGCCACGUACGACAACCGAUCCGAUCUGUGGUCCCUGGGCAUCACUGCCCUGGAAAUGGCUGAGUCACAGCCCCCGCUCUGCGAUCUGCAUCCAAUGCGGGCCCUCUUCCUGAUUCCGCGCAAUUCGCCGCCGCGACUUAAAUCGAAGAAGUGGACCAAGAAGUUCCAAAGCUUCAUUGACACGGUGCUAGUGAAGGACUAUCACCAGCGGCCUUAUACCGAGAACCUGCUGAAGCAUGCCUUCAUUAAGGACCAGCCCACAGAUCGCCAGGUGCGCAUCCAGCUGAAGGAUCACAUCGAUCGCUGCAAGAAGCGCAAGCAGGAGAAGGAACGCGAGGAUUAUCGCUACUCGGGCUCCGACAACGAUGAUGACGAACCGCAGCUGGCCGGCGAGCACAGCUCCAUUGUCCAGGCACCGGGCGGUGAUACGCUGCGUAGGAACUUCCAGCAGAUCCAGGAGGGUCGCCUGGCCGCCGAACAGCAGCAGCAGCAGCAUCACCUGAUGGCCCAGGCUCAGGCUCAGGCGGCAGCCGCACAUGCCGCUGCCCAGGCCCAGGCCCAGCUACAACAGCAGCAGCAACAGGCCGCAGCAGCAGCGGCGGCGGCAGCCCAUGCAGCGCAGCAGGCACAGGCCGCCCAGCAGCAGCAGCAGGCGCAGGCCCAGCAGCCACAGGCCAAUCGCCAGCAGAAACCGCCAUCGCGCCAGCCGAUCGAGGAACUGGGUCCGCCGGCACGCCCGCCACAGCGCCUGAUCGUGGUGCCGGAUCCACCGCACGCCAAUCGGCCAUUGCCACCGACCCCCAAGUGCGGGGAGCCGGCGGGACAGACGCCGCAGCAGCUGCAGCGCAACUCGCAGAAUAACUUCAAGCCAUCGUUACCACCAAGGAGACCUGAGGAUCAUUUGGAUGUGUUAGCAGCACAAUUAAAUGAAUUGGGCGUGGUCUCCUCCCAACAGCCGCAGCCACAGACACCCGGGAUCCAGGGAUCCCAGCAGCAACAGGCGCAACCAGAGGCGCCGCCUAGGAAUAAUCGCCAGUCGAGCGGCCUGUCUUCCAGUGGAUCCGCAUCCGGCGGUUCCUCCUCAAAGCCAGCCGCUGCUUUGCCCCAGCAGGGUAACAAUCAUCUGGGUCAGCCAGUGAAUCCGCUGGAUCCGCUGGACAGCAGCGAUUCGGAUAGUGAGCCGGAUGAGCCCAACGAUAGGGCCAGGAACGAUGGCACACUAUUGGCCAGCGAUCCGCCCAAGCCGCUGCCUGGCUUGGGACCGGUUUCCGAGGACGCCAAUACGACGCCGUUGAGCCACGGCAGCGGCGGACCGCCUAACCGCCCACUGCCCCCCACGCCGGAUGACGAUGACCAGGCCGGAGAUCGCACAUUGAUCAUGAAGCGCAAACUAGAGCAGAACAACAUAAAUCGCCUGCAAAAGUCCGCCUCGACUUCGCAUGCCAAUGUAACGCCGCCAUCAUCACGUAUCCGCGGUGACCAGGACUCCCGCCUGCUGAGGGAUUGGGACUUUGAUCGCUUCUUCCCCAAGAAUGCCAAUGGACCGCGAGGUAACAGCAAUCGAGGAAGCGAAAACAGUAGCCCCACGACAACGGCUAGCCUGAGCAGGAGCUCGCAGCUAAGCACACUCAAAGUGGACACGAAGCUGCAGCGGGCCAGUGUGGCGGAGCCCAUAACGAGACCAGUGCCACGUGGCUAUCAGCCGCUGAAGGGCGCCGAACCGAGUGCCAGCCAAAGUAUUGCCAAAGAUCAGGGACCAAGUCCCAGUUCCAGUUCCAUACAAGCGCACAAGCGCCAGGAUUCCGACUCCAAGCUGCCGAUGAACUUUGUGCGGGGCUUUCGGCGUGAGAACUCGGAUUUCUUUCCGCUCACCAAGCGCCACUCGGCGGUGCUGAGUGGUGGCGUAGGCACCAGCUCCGGAUCAGGAACGGGAACGGGUUCGGGAUCCACCUCCAACCAGCAGCAGCAACAGCCAGCUAGAGCCAGUGCCAUGUACCAAAGGAACAGCAUUUAUAACAGCAGUCUCACAAGCAACAGCACCAACAAGAACCAAAAGGAGAAUGCCUCCACGCCAGCAGCGUCGACGGCAUCUGUCACGGCGACAGCCAAGGGAGCUGGUCCCAAGCCUUCCAAAUCCUUGGCCAGCUUCAACUUCCUGCGACCGCGUCGCGAAAAGACUGAAUCCGUCAUUGUGCUGCAGAAUGCUGCAAUUCGUGCCCAGCGGCAGCAGCAGCAGCAGCAACAACAGCAGCAACAGGCGCAGCAGCUACUGCAGCAGCAACAGCAGCAGAAUCGUGGAGGAGGCGGCGGCGGUAGCGGCGUAGGAGGUGGCGGCGUCAGCGGCAGCAGCGGUGUGGGAGCCGAUGGCUUAGGCACUCCUGGAACCAGGACCAGCAGCGUCCUGCCCGAUCUGCUCAGCCAGGCAUCGCCGGCAACGCCACCGCGUCACGAUAAAUCAUCCAGUGAGGAGUAUCAGGCGGCCAUUAGCUCAUCCGUGCAUUCCACGCCAUCGAAAUCGUUUAUCGCUAGCAGCGGAAGCGGCAGCGGCAGCGUCGGCGCUCUAGGCGGUCUCGGCUUGGGGGGCGGUACCGUUAUUGGGGGUGUGAUUAUUAGCAGCAAUAAUCACUCGCCACAAUCGACGAUAUCGCUCGCCUCGUCCUCGUCGAAUUCGCGCCAGAAUUCGCCAAAGAAUUCGAUCAGCAAGACGCGCUCCUCCAGCAGUAUUACUAAUCUCUUGCACAAAUCUGCUUCUUCCUCCUCCGCGAACCUACACCACCUGACGCCCUGCUCCUCAACGUCCUCGGCCUCGCUCUCGAUCUCCAACUCUAAUGCCAAUGCCAACAAUACACCGCUGCCCCCGCACGCGUACGCUCUGCAACAGAAGCAGCGAAGCUUCCUGACCUUCGGCUUCGGUGCCGGCGGUUCCGGUCCAUCGCGUCGCGAGUCUCAUGUCAAUGUCAAUGUGACGCCCACUUCGCAUGAGGCGGCCAACGAUACGCCCGAGAUCCGUAAGUAUAAGAAGCGUUUCAACUCGGAGAUUCUGUGUGCGGCGCUGUGGGGCGUUAAUCUGCUGAUUGGAACGGAGAAUGGUUUAAUGUUGCUGGAUCGAUCUGGUCAGGGCAAGGUCUAUCAGCUCAUUUCACGACGUCGUUUCCAGCAAAUGGAGGUGCUAGAGGGCCAGAAUAUAUUGGUCACCAUAUCCGGAAAGAAAAAUCGCGUGCGCGUCUACUACUUGUCCUGGCUCAAGUCGAAGAUCUUGCGAACCGAUGGCCUGUCCGACCAAGUGGAACGUCGCAAUGGUUGGAUUAACGUUGGUGAUCUCCAAGGUGCUGUACAUUUUAAGAUUGUCAAAUACGAGAGGAUUAAGUUCCUAGUGAUUGCAUUAAAAGACUCGAUUGAAAUUUAUGCAUGGGCACCCAAACCAUAUCACAAAUUUAUGGCAUUUAAGAAUUUUGGUGAAUUGGAACAUCGCCCGCUUUUGGUCGAUCUAACAAUUGAGGAUCAAUCGAGACUGAAAGUGAUCUAUGGCUCCGCCGAGGGUUUCCAUGCAGUUGAUUUAGAUUCAGCUGAAGUAUACGAUAUCUAUCUUCCCAAGCAUACUCAGGGUGCAAUCAUUCCGCACUGUAUUGUGGCGCUUCCAAACUCAAAUGGCAUGCAACUGCUGCUCUGCUAUGACAAUGAAGGCGUCUAUGUCAACACUGUGGGUCGUGUCUCCAAGAAUAUUGUGCUGCAGUGGGGCGAAAUGCCCACCUCAGUGGCCUAUAUUGGCACGGGACAAAUUAUGGGUUGGGGCAAUAAAGCAAUAGAGAUACGUUCCGUUGAAAGCGGCCAUUUGGAUGGUGUGUUUAUGCACAAGAAGGCGCAGCGCUUGAAAUUCCUUUGCGAGCGCAACGACAAAGUAUUCUUCAGCAGUGCCAAAGGUGCUUCAUCGUGUCAAAUCUACUUUAUGACGCUCAACAAGCCGGGCAUGGCCAACUGGUAAUCGAUGAUCUUGGCAGCCGCCUUUUGCUCAAACCAGCAGGCAGGCAAAACCAUAAACAUUUUCUUCUUAUUUUACAAAACACAAAAAAGAAAGUAUCGAAAAAAGCGAAAAAACACACACAACAUAACGAAGAGAUAAUUAGCUGAUUUAAGUGAAGAAGAGUGCUUAUGAAAUUCACCACGACAAACAACGUUUCAAUUAGUAAAUGUGCUAAGAGAGCUCAGAAGGGAAUCGACGAGCCUAUAUAUAUAUAUAUUAUAUAAAUAUAUAUAAAAUAAUCUACUUAACAUUUAGAGAGACGAACGAACACACACACAUUGCAAAAGCUCACUCGCCGAGGUUUUUCGUGAGAUCUGAAACCGCAGAAAAGCAAUUUAUCCCUUUAUCCCUUUCGGUGUAUGUAUAUUGACGUUACAUAAAAAUGAUCCCAGAUUCAUUUCGAAAUGUCGUCUCAAGUAUGUUGUUUUUCCGAUGAUUAUGAUUUCGCUUACAAGUUAAACUUAAGUUGAAAACAAGCAAGAACAUACGAACGAGUAUAUGUAUUGAGGAGAACGUCGCAUAUAUAUAUAAAGAAAUAUAUAAAUAUAGUAAUAAUAACAAUUUGCAGUUAGUUUUUGUUCUUGAUAUUAUCAACAUAGAAUUUAUUUGUGCGUUUUUCUGAUAAUGAUCACACAUGUGUUAGUGCAGAGCCAGAAAAUAGCGCUCAUUUUAUGGAGAAGAAGGAAACAGGAGUAGAAGGAGAAGGAGAAGCGAAGCAAACAAAACCCACAUAAACAAAACAAAACAAAAAAACGCCAUUGUAAAAACUAAGUGAUACAAAAAACAAAAGUAAACAAUUAAAUAAUUGAUUAAAUGUAAAAUAAAAGCCGAACAAGCAACACAAAACGGAAGCAAAACGGAAAGCAAGCUUGCAACAAUUAAUGGAAAUAAAUGAGCGCGCACCGCAUGACGUUUAUAGAGGAGAUAUACUCCUUGAUAACCACAAAUUGGAGGGAAUUAAUUACAAAAAGAAAACAAAAACAAGAAAACAAAGAGGAUGAUAACCUAGUUAAGCUGCAUUUUUUACUGAACUUUUAUACAGAGCAAAAAAAUAAGAGAAUGAAUAUUGAUGGAUGAACGAUGAAUUGAUGAGGGAAGAGUAAACCAAAAUUCUAUAAAAUCGUAGCAUGUUACAAUUUGAUAAACAUUAACGAACCGAACCAUUCAUCUCCGCUUGUUGUGCAUUUCCCCUGUGUUUCUUACAAGCUUUUAUCGAUAUCAAAAGUGGUCACGUUGCAAUAUUUAUACAUAUAUCUCUAUAUCGAACCAUUUAAAACAAAAAAAACUGGAACACUAAUUCUGCCUUAUUUUGUGUCGUCCCCAAGUACUCCUCCUCUUCCAAACACACACACACAACACCUCCUCCCUCCCUCCACACACACAAAAAAAAGUCUCAUUAAGGAAAGAAAAGUAUGUUUAAAAUAUUGUUUGUUUUUGUGUUAUAUAAAAUUAUUGUAUGCCCCAUACCCCGUAUUUAAUAAUGUUCAUCGAAGCAAAAUGGUAAACAAAAGUGCACUAAAAUGCAAAUCUAAAACAAGAAAAAAAAAGAAGAGUAAAAGAAUUAGUAAUAAAUGCUUACUUUAUUUCUAAAAUAAAACAAGUAAAAUGAUACAGAAAUGAAUGUAAAUCUAAUUAUUAUAUAUAUAUAAUCUCAAAAUUAAAAAAACAAAACAAAAAAAUA